CAAGACAAAGUUAUGCAUUCUCUUUCAAAGAGGUCAUUGUCACAGGCAGAGCUGUUCAUUUGCCCAUGGGGAUACUGAACUUAGGAGGUUUUCCGGUUCAGGCAGUGUAGUAAAACUAAAGCUGGGGUAUUGCCAGAGGAUGGAAUGUUAAAUGUAUUGUCAUUUUCUUGAAGAUGCUGGAAUUAUGAUUGGGUCAAAGCUAUUGGAAACAUCACUGGUCUUAUUUAUCUCAGAUUGUUAUUGGACAUAUUAUUUUGAUUUUCCUUGAUGAUGGUUAGCUGUUGUCAUGGGCCAAGACAUGGAUAUACGAGUUGAUUCCAUGAUUAUAAGUUCAUAACCCCACUAAUGCUGCCUUAUGGCCAGGGUUGAACUUGCAUUUGUAUCAGGUUGUCUGGAUCUUCUUUGUGCAGCUAUUUGGUAUUUUAAGUACUAGAUUACUUAUUCUUUACUUUAAUGACAUUAUUAUGCUGAUGGUUUAUUGAGCUUUGGGAGGUAGUAUCUACUAUGGAGAACUGAGGUCUUAGUAACUAAACUAUAAUGUCCCUAUGCUCUCCUCAGGGUUUCUGCUAUGUGAUUUUCAUUUAUAGGAAUCUUUGAUGAAUAUCAACGUGUUUAUCUUGAAAUUUUUUUUUAUUGGUUUUAUGGAGGGCAACAUGGUUCUCACAUCAUUACAAAGUCCUUUGCAACUUAAUUAUGAUGAAGGUUUCCAUGGGUUGAGAACUUCUGCAGAUUAUUCUGGCAAGACAGUCUGGUCUCAUGAUGGAAGGUGCAUCUAUAUGUUGUUUAUUGGUUCAGGAUAUUUUUCUUAUUGCUCAAGAAGGCAGCUGUACAGUCCAUCAUCUAUUAUUCACUUCUUUGAUAUUCAAAGGAUUUCCUCUCCUGUAUUAGCUCAUAUGCUGGUAUAGCCACUGUCUUGAUUUUAGAAGGCAUAUUAACUUGCAUGGCCUUUUUUGGAAUUCGCAAGCAGGCGAUAUUGCUAUCCAUUAUUAGCUUUUCAUAUUGUUCAUUGUUAUGGUAAGGUAGGUGGGAUUAUCGUGGUAGCGACCUGAGGGAUAAACUUGACCGAAGGCACUCUCCAUAUCGAAGGCUUUCACCUGGCAGAGACAGAAGAGGUCGGCAUGCAUUUCAUGGUCAGAGACUAGUUCCAUAUGACAGGGGGUAUGGCACUUCAAGGUCGCCAGAGAAAGAGAGAAAAGGUAAUUGUUGUAACAUUAGGGCCGAAUCUUCGAGUGAAUGGAUGCUUGUUUUCCAUUUCCGAUAUGAAAUUCACUUUGGGACACCCAUUUUGGAAAGAAAACCAUGAAGAUCUAUGCUUCAUCUUGACUAUUUUUAGUUGGCUUCGGUCCAUCAAGUCAAAGAAAAUCAUGUGUGAUAGAAGACAUAGGAAGAGGCAACCUGCUGAUGGGCAUCUUAGUGAUACAUCUGAAGGCCUCAAAAUCUCUGCUGAUGAUGAUUCUCGAGAAAGAGAUGGAAACAACUUGGAUGGAAAAGAUAUGCUUGAGGAACAGCUAAGGCAAGCACAGCUUGACAUAGAUAUGCUUGACGACCAUAAGAACCAAUUGGAGAUGUGCCUUGAGGAGAAGGUAGAAGAAGCUGACAGUCUUUCUGCGCGAAUGCACGAACUUGAAUCACAAUUGAACAAAGAGCAAGAAGAUUGCGAGAGGAUGUCAUCGAAAGUGAAGAAGUUUGUAAAAGCUUACAUGCAUUAUAUUCGAGCACAAGAGGAGCUCAAGAGGACACAAGCCCGCCUCCAGAGGUUAAGCGACCAAUUUUCUAUGGAUCCUUUGAGACCUACUGCCACUGAAGAGGAUUCUAGUGUUAAUAUCAUUAGUGAUGUAGAAGCAAAUAACGAUAAUUUGACGAUCACAAGGAGUCAGGCCUUGAACCAUUUAUCGCCAAUCAAGAACAGAAUGCAUGUCAGUCAAGGUACCAGUGAAGAUGCAAAAUCUGGAAAUUUGCGGAAGCGAGUACGUUCAGCAGGAACAGCCAGAGCAGAGAAAUUAAUUAAAUUGGACAGAUCUGCCCCUAAACAAGAAAAGAACCGGGAAGCUGAAGCUGCAAAUUCUACUCAUGCAAACCACGAUGCCGAUAGAAGAUUAGCUAAAGAAAAUAAAUCCAACAGAAAAAAGAACACCUGGAAUGCUUCUCCUGUCAAUAGUAUCCCUGCAGACAAGGGACACAUGGUCCCCUCAACAAGCAUGGCUGCACAUGCUAUGGAUGAGCUAAUUGAAGCUGUUGAGAUUGAUGAAAAAUCAGAAGCUGCAGCUAAUUGUGCAGCAUUAGAGGAGGAUCUCCGUUCUCUAUCAGACACCAAUGUGGACAAAGUAGGAGGCUUGGGACCUUUUAGACCUGUGCCACCACCUGCUGUUCCUCCAAAUGUUUACAGCCAGUACAAGGGAGAUGAUGAGGAUGCGGAAGUGGAAGUGGAUGUGGAGGCAGUUGCGGACGGGAGUGAAAUUGAAAUCGAAUGAGACGGUCGUGUAAAAUAUUUUGUUAUUGAUGCUGAAAGAAAAUAGCUCAAGGUCCUGUGAGGUGCUUUUGUUUUUUAUCUUUUUUCUUGGCAUUCUAACAUGCCUGAAAUUUAUUUUUCUUCCAAAUUUAUCCUUGUAAGAUUUACAUUCUUGUCUUGGAAUUUCUUGUUGGUUGUGUUUGUGUUGCUGAAAAGGUUAUUAUUCAAUUUAGAUGUCAGCUUAGUAUGGUAUGGUCCUAGUUUGUACACGCUUUUGAAAUUUGAAAAUUAGUCAGAUGGUUAGAGUUCAGAUAA